AUGCGUAAAACUUUAGGCGAACGAGUCUCUAAACGUGUCGAGGGAAAGAAUAUCAAAGGAAAUCUCCAGGCAUUGAAAGCAAGGCGACACUCAAGCAAUGAUCGACUUCAACUCCAUCAAAAAGAUUCGACUUUGUAUGUGAUCUCAUACGCUGGUUUUAUCUAUGCCACCUUCACUCUUAUUUUCGAAGGAAGCUAUAUCAAGAUUUUUGUUGGUUUACCACCACUGGUAUCUUGGGUCGCGAAGGAAGUGGAUGAAGGGAUGUUUUAUCCUGGUGACGUUGCCAUAUUUUUAAAGUAUACAACUUUAUUCCGAAUAUCAAACUUGUGA